CGCCGUGUUCGCGUGUGCCGUUUCGUCCGUCGUGUGUAAACGAUAUCGCCUUUUUAUUUAUUUUUUUUUCCGCUUCCCCUGCGGCCGCCUCCACUCGUCGUUCCCGGGCGGAAAAAAAAACACGUACAGGAUUUUCACGAGCGAAUCCCGCGGGAACACGAGGCGCGCGUGCGACAUGACUUCGCCCGGAUCCCAACGGCGGUCCGGGCCGGGCAAACGGGUCGAUUCGUUCGGACCUAACUACUGAACGGUCCCCCACAUACACACACCACACAUCUCCGGAGCCAAACCCGAUUUAUUCCAAAGGCAACACCUCCUGGGGACACCAUGACCAUAGCCGAUUCGGGAGCGGGCGCCGUGUCGGGCGCCGACUUUGACGAUCAGGAUUUGGUGGGCAUCAGCAACGCACAAAAGCGCAACUGGCGUGGCAUAUUCAUCGCACUGAUGGUCAUUGUAGCCGUGUUGGCCAUGAUCAUCAUGUCGGUGGUGCUGCUCACGCCCGAAGACGAUUUCGGCCUGGGCGGACGGUGGCGGAGGAUGAGGGGUCGUCGGAUCCGGCUCGGCGACAUCCUGGAAGACGGGCAAUCACAUUCCGUGCAGCUGUUUAACGGCUCUUGGAUUUCGGGGCACGAGAUGAUCUACAAAACGACAGAAGGCGGCGUAGGGCUGUUGGAUGCCAGGACGAUGACCAGCACUCCCCUCAUGUCGAAUCACACGUUUAAUUUACUGAACCCGGUGGUGGCGUUCACCAUGUCGCCGGACAGGAAGUACUUGCUGUUGGCUCACGACGCGCAAAAGCUAUUCCGGCACUCAUACUUGGCUCGGUACACGGUGUACACCAUUUCCAACAGCCAAAUGAUUUCGGUGACGGUUAACACCACCGAAACGGGUCAAAACUACACGGCCGGCCAGCAGAGUGUCGUCUCUCAACCGUACUUUAUGCACGUCCAGUGGAACGGCGGCGUCCGGGCGAGCGGCGAUGCAAAUUCGGCGGUCGACGAUGACAAGGCGGAGGAGGAGGAUUCGUCUGCUGACGGAUACGAGAAACCGGUCGAACCGGUGACAACGCCUUUGGGUCUGGUGGCGGUCAACAGCAAUUAUGACAUCUACUACGUGGCAGUGUUGCCGGAGAAAACGGCCGACGCCGGCAACUUGGGGAGAAGACCACGAGGCUGGUAUCGCGGGAUCACCACCUCUGGAGUGCCGGGCAUCAUCAGCAACGGCGUGCCCGACUGGUUGUACGAAGAAGAAAUUUUGAAAUCACGCAAAGCCAUGUGGACGUCUUCGCCGAGCAAUCCGAAAAUUAUGUUGUUGUACGCGACGUUUGACGACACCGACGUGGGAGAGUACAAAUUUCCCAUGUACCUGAACACCGGGUUCGCGGACCGCCACCCUUACCCGGUGAUCCGCAGCCUGCGCUAUCCAAAGGCCGGCACGCCAAAUCCUCGGGUGACCCUUUCCGUGGUCAACAUCGCCGACAUUGCGGAAAACCUUAAGAACAACAACGUGCGGCAACCGAUUAAAAUCCGCGAACUCACUCCGCCUUCGAUGUUUCAGUUCACAGACGACUAUUACUUUACGGCGGUACAGUGGGUGAGCCCCGAAGAAGUUUGCGUGGUCUGGUUGAACCGUCGGCAGAACACGAGCGUGACGACCAUUUGCAAGUCGCCAAUGUGGAUCUGUCAAGAGACACAGAUCGUUAACGCCGCCCCGAUGAUGACCCGCCAUGGAUAUGCCGGUCACGGCGGUCACCCUCACGCCGGCAACGGGCAAGGCACGCAAGCGCACCUGGGCGGAUGGGUGGACGUAACGGGAGCACCGGUGUUCAGCCGAGACGGCGACGGAUACGUAUCGUUAACGCCUAUUAGGCACGGCGCCAACGCGGGGUCCGGACCGUCCGGUCUGGCCGGGAUGCCGGCUUCGAACGCCAGAUCUGAUCCAGGAGCCGGCUACUAUAGGCAGAUUGUAGCCGUCAACAUCACCAAGAAAUUGUUGGUGCCGUUGACGUACGGCCCGUGGACCGUGGACAAAAUCCUGUCGUGGGAUUACGUUACCAACACCAUAUACUUCCUAGCUGUGCCCGCCGACCGACCCAGCGAACGACAUCUAUACGCCACCACGCAUUACUACAACCACGUCACUCAGCUGAGCAGCUCGUCUUCGUCGUACCGUUCGCAUCAACCGCACACGCCGGCCCAUUUGAUCGAUCCGCAACCGUCGGUGUGCUUGAGCUGUUCGGUCGAAGAUUCGUCCGAGAGCGCUAACCAAACGGACGAAAAAUCAACGGACGUGAACGACACGGCCACGAGACCGCCGACCACGACAGAGCUGCCGGAGAGCCCGGAAUCAUCGCUUCUGUACAAGUCGCUGUCGUCGCAAUACCAGUCGGACCAGGCGGAACCCGGGCAAGGUCACAGCAGCGGCGGCACCGGCAGUAAGAAUGCCAAACAAGACAAGUACGACGACCAGGCCGACCAGCGGAAACGACAGCAUCAGCGGCUCCGGGAAAACGAACAACAACAGCAGAAGAGCAACAGAGAUCCGCGGAACAGACAAGGCGGCAAUCAAAACCGGUGUAGCUAUUACGACGCCGAGUUCAGCCCGACGGCCGAGUACUACGCUCUCAUUUGCCUGGGACCGGGAGUGCCAAUGGUGACGCUGCACAAAACCGUGGUGGUGCCGCAAGAAGAAGACAAGAAGCCCGACGAAGACGAUCAAAAGAAAAAGGAUUCGGUCUCAGAACCGCGUGCACCUCAGUCGUCGCGGCGACACCCGAAAAUUUCCAGCAAGUUUGUCGGCACUCUCGAAAACAACACAUACCUAUUUGACAAGUACAACACUAAAGUGCACCUGCCGGCCAGUCGAACGUUCGAAGUGCGAGUGUCGGCCGGCCACAGCGCCAGAGUUCGGUUGUACUUGCCGCCGGGCGUUCGUUUCGACUCGGACGGCGAUUCCGGUACGAUAGGGUCGGGCGGAGCUGGCGCCAACCCGGACGACGACCGCAAGUAUCCGCUGGUCGUUCACAUCGGCGACGGCCCGGGCACACAGUCGGUGAUCGACACGUGGCAGUUGGAGUGGUCGGUGCAAUACUUGGCGGCGGCACACGACUACGUGGUGGCCGUCGUGGACGGAGGUCGUGGAUCCGGAGGCAGGGGAUACGAUCUUCUGCUGUCCAUCUACAAGCGCCUGGGAAACUACGACGUGGCCGACCAACUGGAAGUUACCGAAUAUUUACGAGACAAUUUACAUUUUGUCGACAAGCGACGGGUGGCCGUGUGGGGAUCAGCCGGUUACGGCGGUUACAUAACUACUAAGUUGUUGUUGAACACCAUGAUCCAGGAAAAGAAACGCAACCAUCGGAAUCCGUCCGGCGGGUCACGGUUGCCGCUGUUCCGUUGCGGCAUCGCCAUCGCACCAGUGUGCUCUUGGAAUCUCUACGCUUCGUUCUACGCGGAACGUCACAUGGGAAUGCCGGACGAGAACCCCAAGGAAUACCACGAUUCGGACCUGGUCACCGACAUCCAGCAGCUGAUGGAGGCGUACAAGGAGGAGGAGAGCCUCCGGUCGCCGCCGCUGUUCUACGGACAACGGCACUCGGGCAGCGGCCGGCACGGCAACAGCAAGGAAACGUACUACUCGCCGGCGCCGUCGUCGUCGCCGUCGUCGCAGCAGCAGCAGCAGCAGCAGCAGCAGGACCAGUCGCAGCAACCGCCUUACCGGUACCCCGAGUUCUACUUCGUGCACGGCACCGCCGACAGCAAGGUGCACGUGCAGCACACCAUGCGGCUGACCGCGGCUCUGACCCGGGCCGUGGACGGCGUGCUCCAGUACAAGCAGCAGGUGUAUCCGGACGAAGACCACGACCUGGCCGGCGUGCGGCCGCACUUGUACACCAGCAUGUCCUACUUCCUGGACCAGUGUUUCCGCAGCAAGGAAGGCGAGGACGACGACGGCAACGGCGACGACGACGGGUACGGUCACCACGACCACCAUUUCGAACACUACCACGAAACGUACUACGGCAACGGUGGCCUCGAUUGAGACGCACCAUCAAAUAGGUUUCCCCGAAAUCCCCCUUGUCCCGGGGUAUCGUUUCCCGAAAAAAUAUGUUAGGGCCGACCAAACGCGGUUAUUCCCGGUGUCCUCUGUGUGGCCGUUCUGAUUCCUAAUCAUUUCUAUCGUUUCUUUCGUUCAUCUCUAUGGGAUAGUAUGUAUCUACGUGUGGGAGGGCAGUAUAUACCUCUUAUACGAGGCGCUCAGAUGCAAAACCCCGAUUAACUCCGAUAAAAUGAAAAUGUUCAAGAUAAGGCAGUUGAAGUUAUUUGAAACAAUGUAUGUAAAAGACGUACAAUUGCCAAUUUUCUUAGCGCGCUCUAGCGGUGAAAAAUUCAACUGCGGAGUUGUUUAUCUUGGCCACUGAAAAUUGUACACUUUUUUUCAAUCCAACCACGCUAUUAUUGGCAAUUUGAAGAGAGAAAAAAGCGGAGUUAAUCGGUUCGGCAUCUGAGCGCCUCAACUAUUAUAGUACCCCCUAGUCGACACCAAUAGGGUUGAAAAUAGUAUGCUACAUAUUAGGUACUAGUUAGGCUAGUUACUAUUAGGUUAUAGGCGCGCAGUACUCCCCCAUUAAUGCAGUUCACACCAAACAUUUACAACCUUUAUCGACCAACCAAAGUAUUGAGAACAUGUAUUUGUAUAAAUUACAAAUAAUUUCUCUGUGUGGGUUUCUCAAACUAAAAAUACUGGAAAUAAUAAUUGUACCAUACCGUUUAUACGUCUAAAUAGAUAACAAUUCAAAGAUAUCAUCGUUUUGGUCUAAAACAAUAUUAGCGAAUCACUUUACAUUAUGUGUACAACGUAUUUUUCCAUAUUAUACUAUAUAUUUCAAUAUUAUUCUUAUAUUAUCGUUAGAAUUAAUUUCCUUUUAUAUAUAUAUAUAUAUUUAUAAAUAGUCUAUUUUAAAUAUCUUUACUUCUAUUUUUUUAUAUAUUAAAAUAAUAGGCACUAUAAUUUAGUAUACAUUAUUAUAUAAGUAUUGAAAUGGUCUUCAGCCGUGCGCGGUCCAAAGUUUAGGUGCUCUAUAUACAACGCUACGACCCUCCGUCUAUUGUUUAUUUAUUUGUACCUAAUUUAAUGUGAUUAGGUUAUUGUUAUUAUGAAAGUGUAUUAUUAUAACUAUAGAAUAUUGUAAACUAUAUUAGUGCCUAUCAUUAUUAUUAUUAAUAUUGUAUUUUAAUCGAUAAACUUACAAAGGGAACGUAUCUAUGUCUGUGCCUUAGGAUUUAACAUUAUCAUCGCUAUAUUAUUAUUAUUAUUAUUAUACAUAAUAUUCUAUCGUUCAACUAGUCUUAAGCCGUUCGCGGGCCAACGUUUAGGUGCUUUAUAUUUGUAUUCGUCUAUUUUUCUAAAAUUAUUAGCAAUCAUCGAUUAUUAUUAUUAUUAUUAUUAUAUUGUUAUCGUUCUUAUUAAUAUUGUUUUGAAAUUAUUUUUUUUUAGGUAAGUAUAAUAAUAAUUAUAGGUAUAAUAGACUCGAGCAAUCGUCGGGUUAGACCGCGACUUGGAAAACGAAGUAUUUAUAUUCUGUGCCUUAGUGUAUAACGUUAUUAAUCAUUUUUAUUAUUAACAUUAAUUAUAUAAUAUUGUAAUGUAAUUUUUGGAUUAAUAUCGUAGGAAACAAGUACUUAUCUCCGCAGGGUUGUGUAUCAUUGUGAUUUUCUUAUGAAAAUCGUGGCUCUGGUUAGUUGAAAUUAGGAUUGGACGAGGUCUUAGUAUCGAUCAUGAUCGGGUACAGUUUUAGUUAUCUUAAUCGUAUACCUAUACUGUUGUAGCCAAAACACAACGAUGGCAUUAGCGGUAGACGGUUGCAUUGUUUACUUUUAAGAUAAUAAUAUUCCAUUCUAUUUGUACGAUAGAAUAUAAUUUCCAAACCGAGUCUCUGGUUCGCCAAUAAUUUAUCUAACGGUUUGCAGCAAUUGAUUUUAUUAAUUAGUUGAGUUUCGGUUGGACAGCGUGUGCUCUCUACAAUGCAACGGUGUAAUAUUUUUAAUUGAAAAUAAACUUUAGUCGACGGGCAAAGUCAGUUUAACCCCUUAAUCGGUACAAUCAUUUGCACUUGUAGAUAAUAAUCUUAAUAAUUUUUCAAAAACCCAAUCUUACACACAUUUGGCGAAUCGCCUCGGUUACCUACAUGUUUAUAUUAUAUACCACUUAUUGUCUGUACAAUGUAUUUUUCCAUAAUAUUAUCGAAAUGUUGAAAUAACAACAACACGUUAUACUUAUCGUUAGAGUUUUAAGUGUAUAGUUUAUAUUAAUAUCAUUACAAAUGUCUUUAUGUCUAUUUUUGUAUAUUACUAUUAUUAUUAUUAUUAUUAUUAUUAUGUACAUUUAUAGUAGCAUUGAACGCGGCAUCUGUUGUUUUUUAAUUAAUUAUUAUUUUAUUAUUGUCACUAUACUUUACUUCGGCUCUAAUUGUUGUUUUUGUACCCCCAUUCGUUUAUAAACGUAUUAUUGUAUAUUUAAUUGGUAGAUAUGACAUAUUAUAUUUGUGUAAUCUUCGUACCUAAUAUCUAUAAUAAUAUAAUAUAUAUAUAGUAACCUGUAUAGAGGUCAGCCAAUAGCUAUUACUAAAUGAUUUGUCUUUGU